CGGCAUCUCUCAUCCUAGCAAGCACGCUCUUCACUCUUCGAUCUCAUCAACAUCUACCGAACUACCCGACCAACCACCUACACAACCGUCACAAUGUUCUCUGCCACUCGAGCCCUCCGACAGGCUGCUGUCCACGCUGAGCGAACUCCUCUCAUCAAGUUCCUCGGUCCCCGAACCAUUCCUUCCAACGUCGACCACACCCCCAAGCCUCACCCUGCCUCUGGAGUCGAGAAGCUCCCCGAGUCCUGGUCCGGCUACGGAAACGGCGAUGCUGUCACCACCCACAAGUCCUUCAGCUCCUACCGCGACCACGUCCAGCAGCACGGUCCUCUCCAGAAGUCUGGCUUCGGCGGCACCCCCGCUGCCUCCCUCGGUUCCGUCAAGCCUCCUCAGGGCGUUGCCUUUGACGUCUCUGAGCUCCCCACUCGCUUCCACCGCGCUCCCCUCAACGCCGCUGAGAUCGAGGCUAUCGAGUCCGGCGGCGCUGCUCUCUUCGGUUAAAUAUGUCUCCCGCCACAGGCGAGGAGUUAUAGGUGGAGCGGUGGGAUGAAAAAAGACGGGAUGAACAAAUAAAUACCUACGAUGGCGCGCAGAUUAUGACGAGAGCCAGGACCUACUGCCUGGAGCAUACAUCCUGCACGACAUAGUAUACGAGGACGCC